UCGUUCGUGAAAUCGUGCUGGUUAUAAAUAUUGCGUAUUUUACACAACCUACGAGUCAAUCAGGUGAUGCUAUUGGGUCAUGUGAUGCGUCAAGACAAGAAGAAGACAAGAAGGCGUUCAUUCAGUCGCAAUGGCUUCUGCAAGACUACCGUGUCCAGUGGACUUUACAGUCGACCCACAAGAUUCAGCAUAUGAUGGCAUUGUUCUGGUCACUGAUUCCUUGGACAAACUCACCGGGAAACUUGAGUUCCUCAAAGAGCCACUACAGACACUCAAGACCGUUGAUGCUGCUGUUGGAAGUGAUAUAGUUAUCGCAGCAUUGAAGGCUGGUGUAAAGCGCCCUCUAUUAGUCAGAGCUGAAGACAACAGUUUUUCAGAAGCACUACUCGUUUCUGUACUUGGGGCUUUCCACUCUCUGUAUGUUCCCAUUGAGAUACGCGAUAUGAAAACUGAUCGUAUGACUAAAGCAGACCAGCUAGGCUUCUGGUGUCCAAAUGAGUCGGUAGGAGAUCGUGUCAAGAAUUGGUCUGAGGCACUUGAAAGUGGGCGUCUGGUGGCCCGGGAUAUUGGUGGAUCAGACCCUGAACGCAUGGCAGCCCCAAAGGUUAAGGAGUAUAUGCAGGAAUUGUUUGGUGGUGAAACCUCUUCUGUUAAGGUUAAUGUUGUGGAUGAUGAUAAAAUACUGCUUGAAAAAUACCCACUGUUCUCCGCUGUCAAUCGCUGUGCCAAACAUGUUCCUCGUCACAAAGGCUGUGUCAUCAAAUUAGAAUAUGCCGGACAGGGGGAAAUUGAGGAGACACUGAUGCUGGUAGGAAAGGGUGUGACCUAUGACACUGGUGGAGCAGACAUAAAAGCAGGAGGCGUUAUGGCUGGAAUGCAUAGAGAUAAGUGUGGUGCUGCUGCUGUUGCUGGAUUUUUCCAGAUUGUGAAUUUGAUCAAACCGAAAGGUAUCAAGAUUGUGGGUACGAUGGCGAUGGUGCGAAACAGUGUUGGAUCAGAAUGUUAUGUAGCUGAUGAAAUUAUCACUUCCCGUGCCAAGAAGAGAGUACGUAUUGGGAACACUGAUGCUGAAGGUCGCAUGGCAAUGGCCGAUUGUCUUUGCGAGAUGAAAGAGAAGGCCAUCAAAGAGACCAAUCCGCAGCUGUUUACCAUUGCCACCCUGACAGGGCAUGCAGUUCUCGCCAUGGGACCAGAAUAUUCGAUUGUUAUGGAUAACGGUCCUGCUCGUAAGAAGCAAUGUGCUCAGAAUCUUCAGGAAGCUGGAGAAAUAUUAGGCGAUCCAUUUGAAAUAUCAACGAUUCGCAGAGAGGAUUAUGAUUUUCAUUCUGGCAAGUCCGAAUAUGAAGACGUCCUUCAGUGUAACAAUCUGCCGUCAUCAAAGACUCCGAGGGGACACCAAGGGCCUGGAGCAUUCCUCAUCCUAGCCUCCGGACUAGAUCAGCACGGCAUCGAUGGUGAAAUUCCUCUUCGCUACUCUCACCUGGAUAUAGCCGGGUCAUCUGGUCCUUUUCCAGGAGUACCAACAGGUGCUCCUAUUGUUGCAUUGGCUGCUAAAUAUCUAAUGCCAAAGUAAAACUAUUCACUUUGAAAUUAUCAAUGACCAACCUCUACCCAGAUAUCAAUGUAAAUCUACUGUUGUUUUUUUUUUAAAUUGAGGCUUUUGAUCGCAUGAUGAAUGUAACCUUAGCGCCGAUUUGCUCAUCUGUGACCGUCUAGAGUUCUUUGGAGGACGUCGUAUAAUUUUGCCCUAAACCACGUAGAAUGAGAAUUUUGCCGGAUGCGCAGAAGAAUUUAUGUUACAUCAUUACGUCUCCAAACAUACCGUUGUGCAAUCAAAAGCUCCAUUGCUAAUAAACACUUCUUAUUUAGUCGAUAUCAAAUCAAAUUUAGUUCUCGAAUGAACUAAAGAAAUAUAUUUUUCAGAUUCAAUUCUCUAUAUUAUUAUAACUUCUAAAGUUUGCUUGCUUUGUAUACGUAGCAUUCAGUAACAGGUUGUCACUUUCAAAAAGGACCAAGGAUGUAGAUUGGCUACAAGCAAUGUUCGAUGGUGCUGUGCCAUUAACUCAAUGUGACCUAUGUUAUAAAAUGAUGUUAUUUUAAAUAUAUAUAUUGUUUUCUUAGUACUGUAUUAGAUAAUUUCGGAGAGCGCCACCAGCGUCUGUUAACCGAUGUACAUCAAAUGAAUGAUCGUAUUUAGUCGAUAUCAAAUAAAAUUUAGUACUCGAAUGAACUAAAAAAAUAUAUUUUUUAGAUUCAAUUUUCUAUAUUAUUAUAACUUCUAAAGUUUGCUUACUUUGUAUACGUAGCUUUCAGUAACAGGUUUUCACUUUAAUAACAGGACCAAGGAUGCAGAUUGAUUGCAAGCAAUGUUCGAUGGUGCUGUGCCAUUAACUCAAUGUGACCCAUGUUAUAAAAUGAUGUUAUUUUAAAUAUAUAUAUUGUUUUCUUAGUACAGUACUGUAUUAGAUAAUUUCGGAGAGCGCCACCAGCGUCUGUUAACCAGUGUACAUCAAAUGAAUGAUCAAUUCAAUGUUUUGAAUUGAUUUUUGCAUGUUUUUUUACUAUGAUCUUAUACAGUUUGUGUUAGAAUAUAAACCCAGACAUUUGUGUCAUGGUAUAUAUUUUUCAUUCCCAAUCAAAAAAACUUUAUAACUUUUUCACGUGAAUUAUUGUUAGGUGGUGGUAAAUAAUGGCAGACAGCAUCAAAAAUUAUAAAACCCGCACAGCUAAUCUGAAAUUGUGCAGUUUUUUUUCAGUACAUCCUAUCAGGGAACAGUUAAAUUUAAAACUGUUAAUUUCACUCUUCCCUGAUUUUAUGUAUGGCUAUAACAAAGAAAAUUUAUAUUAAACGUUUCAGAUUCAAAGCAA